AUGAAUGUUCUUUCUCUUAAUAUUAGGGGUUAUAAUGGUGGGGAGAAAAGUAGCUGGGUUAGGGAUUUGAAAAAAAGGCAUUAUAUUGGUGCUGUUGCCCUUCAAGAAACCAAAAAAGGGAUUUUAACGGAUCUGGGAGUUGCGAAUUAUUGGGGUCCAGGAAAUUUUAAAAUGGAAUAUGUUAGUUCGUCUGGACAGUCUGGUGGAUUACUUUGGAUCUGGGAUCCUGCUGUCUUGGAAGUGGAAAGUACUGUUAAGGAGAGGAACUUCCUUCUGUUGAAGGGCAAAUUGAUUGGAAGUGGCGAGCAAAUAUUUCUUUUCAAUGUGUAUGCCCCUCAAAAAACCACGGCCAAGAGGCGUCUUUGGAGUGAUAUUGCAGCUAAUAUGGAAGGUUUUGGUGGCUUGUUUUUGCUUGUAGGGGACUUCAACAUUGUUCGUUCCCUAGACGAGAGAAAAGGAUCCAACUUUAAAGCUACUUGUGCCAGGAACUUCAAUGAUUUUAUUUUCAAUUCAGGUUUGGUUGAGUAUCCAUUGCAGGGCAAGAAAUUCACGUGCAGUAGGGAAAAUGGCAAGAAACUCAGCAAGCUCGACCGUUUUCUAGUAUGUGAUAACUUCUUCAAUAAAUGGCUUGACGCUUGUGUUAGGGUUCUUCCUGGGUAUCUUUCUGAUCAUAGCCCUAUUGUCCUUUCGGUUGUGGAUCUAAAGUAUAGGCCUAAGCCGUUUAGAGAAAAUGAAUUGAUUUCGUCGGCCCUGAUUGAGUUGGAAAGACUUGAACAAGAGAUGGAAAAUAGGGAAUUAGAAGAGGAGGAGCAGUGGAUAUUAGCAGAAAAUAGGAAGGGUAUCAAAGAAAUUGAAGCAAGAAGGAAUAGUGAUGUCAAACAAAGAUCCAGAGUUAAGUGGUCUAUUGAUGGGGAUGAGAAUAGUCGAUUCUUUCAUUCUGUUAUUAACAAAAGGAAAGCUUUAAAUAAGAUCCAAGGCUUGAACAUAGAUAGUGCGUGGAUUUCGAAGCCGGCAAAAGUUAAAAAACACAUUUUUGCCUUUUUCAGAGACAAGUUUGGUGAAGAUCUCCCUGAUCGGCCAGAUCUUAUAUGUGAGAAUUUUAAGCAGCUUUCAGAUGAAGACAAAGAGUUUUUGGUUUCCCCUUUUACAAGUACUGAAAUCAAGGAUGUUAGAGGUGUUUUCAAUAGUGGCAGUGGAUCCUCCUUCAUUACUUUGGUUCCUAAAAUCAAAGACCCGGUCUCGAUUAAUAACUACCGUCCUAUCAACCUUGUGGGUGUUGUUAGCAAGGUUAUCUCUAAAGCGUUAGCUAAUAGGAUGAAGGAAAUUCUCAGCAAGGUAAUCUCGGUUUCUCAAUCGGCGUUCAUUAAGGGUAAAUGCAUUCUAGAUGGGCCUCUCAUCGUUGGUGAGAUUCUAUCUUGGUUGAAGAAGAAAAAGGUAAAGCUUUCCUUUUCAAGAUAG